AUGACUCAUCCACGAACGCUGCUUCUGCAGCUGCCUCAACCAAAACUGUCAAUAGAGUCUGAUUGGGAAACAUUUUACCCAAAUGAAAAAGUGAUUCUGAAGUGUUCAAUCAAUUCAAAUGAAUGGGGCUAUGAAUGGUUUAAAGAUGGAACUCAGCUUUCAGGUAACAAGGAAAUAUCCUUUUCUGGAAACACACUCACAAUCAGCUCAGCAAAAGCGAGUCAUUCAGGACAGUAUACCUGCAGAGGAAAACAUCGUGAGAGAACGCCAGUGACUACAAGACAAGCAGAAGCUUUGCAACUUCAUAUUCAAGAUAACACACCAAAACCAGACAUCAGAAAAGAUCAGUGGUUUGAUUUCUUCUACACUGGGGAGAAAGUCCAGCUUGGUUGUAACAUGCCUGGUGAUGGAUGGGAGUAUGACUGGUAUAAAGGCUCAAAACACUUGAUCAGAGAUCCAACCUUUACUAUCAACUCAGCAUCUCCCUCUAACACUGGUGACUAUCACUGCACAGCAAAGAGAGGAGACUUCUCAGUGGAUAGUGAGACUCUACAAGUGCGAGUUGAAGAGCCGCCUCAACCAAAACUGUCAACAGAGUUUGAUUGGAAAACAUUUUACCCAAGUGAAAAAGUGAUUCUGAAGUGUUCAAUCAAUUCAAAUGAAUGGGGCUAUGAAUGGUUUAGAAACAGAUAUCCGCUUCCAGGUAACAAGGAAAUUUCCUUUUCUGGAAACACACUCUCAAUCACCUCAGCAAAAGCGAGUCAUUCAGGACAGUAUACCUGCAGAGGAAAACAUCGUGAGAGAACGUUAGUGACUACAAGAACAACAGAAGCUUUGCAACUUCGUGUUUAUGAUAACACACCAAAACCAGACAUCAGAAAAGAUCAGCAGUUUGAUUUCUUCUACACUGGGGAGAAAGUCCAGCUUGGUUGUAACAUGCCUGGUGAUGGAUGGGAGUAUGACUGGUAUAAAGGCUCAAAACACUUGAUCAGAGAUCCAACCUUCACUAUCAACUCAGCAUCUCUCUCUGAAACUGGUGUCUAUCACUGCACAGCAAAGAGAGGAGACUUCUCAGUGAAUAGUGAGACUCUACAAGUGCGAGUUGAAGACCCGCCUAAACCAAAACUGUCAAUAGAGUCUAAAUGGAAAACAUUUUACCCAAAUGAAAAAGUGAUUCUGAAGUGUUCAAUCAAUUCAAAUGAAUGGGACUAUGAAUGGUUUAGAAACAGAGAUCAGCUUUCAGGUGAUGAUGACAUUUCCUUUUCUGGAAACACACUCUCAAUCAGAUCAGCAAAAGCGAGUCAUUCAGGACAGUAUACUUGCAGAGGAAAACAUCUGAAGAGAACGCCAGUGACUACAAGACAAGCAGAAGCGUUGCAACUUCAUAUUUAUGAUAGCACACCAAAACCAGACAUAACAAAAGAUCAGUUUGAUUUCUUCUACACUGGGGAGAAAGUCCAGCUUGGUUGUAACAUGCCUGGUGAUGGAUGGGAGUAUGACUGGUAUAAAGGCUCAAAACACUUGAUCAGAGAUCCAACCUUCACUAUCUACUCAGCAUCUCUCUCUGAAACUGGUGUCUAUCACUGCACAGCAAAGAGAGGAGACUUCUCAGUGGAUAGUGAGACUCUACAAGUGCAAGUUGAAGAUCUGCCUGAAGCGCAAGUCAAGUCAGACUGGACAGAAGCGUUUCCUGGUGAAAAAGUGACUUUGCAGUGUGUGAUUCCUAAAUCCGAAAACUGGAUCUAUAUGUGGUUCAUAGGCUCUGAGAGAAUAGUCCCCACUGAUGAAACAAGCAUAAAAGACAACACUCUCACUCUCUCAGUGAAGUCCAGUCAUAAAGGGGACUGGGAGUAUACGUGUCAAGCUGAGCUGAAGGACAGGACGGUGAAAACAGCAAAAAGCGAAUCACAUUCGUUAAGAGUUCAUGAUGGCACACCAAAACCAGACAUCAGAAAAGAUCAGUGGUUUGAGCCCUUCUACACUGGGGAGAAAGUCCAGCUUGUUUGUAACAUGUCUGGUGAGAGAUGGACAUAUGCCUGGUACAAAGGCAAAAAGCAAACAGAACUUCCUAUAACAGGUUCAACCUUUACUAUCAACUCAGCAUCUCCCUCUAACACUAGUGACUAUCACUGCACAGCAAAGAGAGGAGACUUCUCAGUGGAUAGUGAGACUCUACAAGUGCGAGUUGAAGAUCUGCCUGAAGCGCAAGUCAAGUCAGACUGGACAGAAGCGUUUCCUGGUGAAAAAGUGACUUUGCAGUGUGUGAUUCCUAAAUCCGAAAACUGGAUCUAUAUGUGGUUCAUAGGCUCUGAGAGAAUAGUCCCCACUGAUGUAACAAGCAUAAAAGACAACACUCUCACUCUCUCAGUGAAGUCCAGUCAUAAAGGGGACUGGGAGUAUACGUGUCAAGCUGAGCUGAAGGACAGGACGGUGAAAACAGCAAAAAGCGAAUCACAUUCGUUAACGGUUCAUGAUGACACACCAAAACCAGACAUCAGAAAAGAUCAGUGGUUUGAGCCCUUCUACACUGGGGAGAAAGUCCAGCUUGUUUGUAACAUGUCUGGUGAGAGAUGGACAUAUGCCUGGUACAAAGGCAAAAAGCAAACAGAACUUCCUAUAACAGGUUCAACCUUUACUAUCAACUCAGCAUCUCCCUCUAACACUAGUGACUAUCACUGCACAGCAAAGAGAGGAGACUUCUCAGUGGAUAGUGAGACUCUACAAGUGCGAGUUGAAGAUCUGCCUGAAGCGCAAGUCAAGUCAGACUGGACAGAAGCGUUUCCUGGUGAAAAAGUGUCUUUGCAGUGUGUGAUUCCUAAAUCCGAAAACUGGAUCUAUAUGUGGUUCAUAGGCUCUGAGAGAAUAGUCCCCACUGAUGUAACAAGCAUAAAAGACAACACUCUCACUCUCUCAGUGAAGUCCAGUCAUAAAGGGGACUGGGAGUAUACGUGUCAAGCUGAGCUGAAGGACAGGACGGUGAAAACAGCAAAAAGCGAAUCACAUUCGUUAACGGUUCAUGAUGGCACACCAAAACCAGACAUCAGAAAAGAUCAGUGGUUUGAGCCCUUCUACACUGGGGAGAAAGUCCAGCUUGUUUGUAACAUGUCUGGUGAGAGAUGGACAUAUGCCUGGUACAAAGGCAAAAAGCAAACAGAACCUCCUAUAACAGGUUCAACCUUUACUAUCAACUCAGCAUCUCCCUCUAACACUGGUGACUAUCACUGCACAGCAAAGAGAGGAGACUUCUCAGUGGAUAGUGAGACUCUACAAGUGCGAGUUGAAGAUUUGCCUGAAGCCCAAGUCAAUUCAGACUGGACAGAAGCGUUUCCUGGUGAAAAAGUGUCUUUGCAGUGUGUGAUUCCUAAAUCCGAAAACUGGAUCUAUAUGUGGUUCAAGGGCUCCGAAGAAAUAGUCCCCACUGAUGAAACAAGCAUAAAAGACAACACUCUCACUCUCUCAGUGAAGUCCAGUCAUAAAGGGGACUGGGAGUAUACGUGUCAAGCUGAGCUGAAGGACAGGACGGUGAAAACAGCAAAAAGCGAAUCACAUUCGUUAACGGUUCAUGAGCCGCCUCAACCAAAACUGUCAAUAGUUUCUCAAUGGAAAAAAUUUUACCCAAAUGAAAAAGUGACUCUGAAGUGUUCAAUUGAUGGAGACUCAAAAGAAUGGGGCCAUGAAUGGUUUAAAGAUGGACCUCGUGUUUCAGGUAACAAGGACAUUUCCUUUUCUGGAAACACACUCACAAUCAGCUCAGCAAAAGCGAGUCAUUCAGGACAGUACACCUGCAGAGGAAAACAUCUGAAGAGAACGCCAGUGACUACAAGACAAGCAGAAGCUUUGCAACUUCAUAUUCAUGGCAAGUAA